GAGGCGCGGCCCGAGGCGCUGGGCCCAGGGCUCCCGCUCGCUCCGGGGAGGGAACGGGCGACGCCGAGCCCGCACCGAGCGACCGUUCCGUUCCUCCUUCCCCUCCGCGCCGGGCGACGCUGCCCGCGCCGGGCCCGAACCGCCGGGGAAAAUGUCCAGGCCUGUCAGGAACAGGAAGGUGGUCGAUUAUUCCCAGUUUCAGGAAUCAGACGAUGCUGAUGAAGAUUAUGGAAGAGAUUCAGGUCCUCCAUCCAAGAAAAUCCGUUCGUCUCCCCGGGAGGCUAAAAAUAAGAGGAGAUCUGGGAAGAACUCUCAGGAGGACAGUGAGGAUUCAGAAGAAAAAGAUGUGAAGACUAAGAAAGAUGAUUCACACUCGGCAGAUGAAGAUUUUGGCAGCGAAGAUGAUGACUUAGGAGCAGAUGAUGGCAAAGCUGACAGUGACUAUGAGAGCUCUCAAAAAAGCAAAAAAGGAAAAAAGGCUAAACCAGAAAAGAAUAAGAGGGUGGCCUCCAAAUCCAGGAAAAGGCCUGCAGAGGACAGUGAGGAUGAAAAAGAAGACCACAAAAACGUGCGUCAGCAACGACAGGCAGCGUCCAAAGCAGCCUCUAAACAACGAGAGAUGCUUAUGGAUGAUGUGGGGAGCGAGGAGGAAGAGCAAGAGGAUGAUGAAGCACAGUUCCAGGAGACAGAUUCAGGAAGCGACGAAGACUUCCUCGUGGAAGACGAUGAUGACAGUGACUAUGGCAGUUCAAAAAAGAAAAACAAAAAGGUCUCCAAGAAAUCCAAGCCAGAGAGGAAAGAAAAGAAAAUGCCGAAGCCCAGGCUAAAGGCUACAGUGACCCCCAGCCCAGUGAAAGGCAAAGGGAAGGCAGGCCGCCCCACAGCUUCCAAGGCAACAAAAGAAAAGACCCCAUCCCCUAAAGAAGAGGAUGAAGAGCCUGAAAGUCCCCCAGAAAAGAAAAAAUCAGCCAGCCCUGCACCAGAGAAGUCAGGGGAUGAGGGCUCUGAAGAUGAAGCACCCUCUGGGGAAGAUUAAAUGGCAGUUGAGGAAAUCUUUGUUUAAAAAAAAAAAGGAAAAAAAAGAAAAAACCCAACAAAAAAAAGAAAAAGGAAAAGAAAACACUUAGGGGUAGAACACGGUUUUGGCUGUGGCUUGACUCAUGGGCUUUGAAUGCUGUCUUUACUUUCAGCUCUUUAAUACAGUGUAUCCUUUUUUUAAUAAGAGGAAACCCUUACACAGUCCUGUUUUGAAGUCAAUGUUCUCUGUUGGCCAUUCUGUUCUCCCUCCCCCAGGAAAGCCAUUGGAGACAAAAUUAACAGACCUUUGAAUAUAUAUAUAUAUUUUUCUUUCAAGGGAUAACUGCAGUUGUGAAGCAAUAAGGGUUGAGACUGAUACGUGGAAAUCAUACCUUGUUAGACUAGAUUGCCCAGUGCUGGUAAGAGUUCUUUCAAACUGUUCUUCUGUGUUUGAAUCUGGGGGGAAAAUGAAGCUAUGCUUUAACAGACUUCUGGUGAGACAAAAGCACUCAAAAACCAAUGUAGUUGGUAGGAAUUCCAGUUGAGGAAGAGGAAACACUGGGAGGAAACCUGUGUUUCUUGGAUUCAGGCACGCUUUUCAUGGAAAGCAAUCCUGAGACUUGUAGAUGGGCCACUGUCUUCUGUUUAGUAAAGACCCUCUGAUCAGGAUUCAAGAUCUUUUGUGUUGGCUGGAGAGAAUACUGUUCCGCAAUAGGAGAAUUGCAGUUUAUUCUCUACAAAUCCAGAUAGACAACCUACAAGCUUCUCCCAUCCCUUAAUUCUUCCACAGUUGGCUAUAGGUGGGCAGGAUAGGGGAAGAAAAAAUGGCAAACCAUUUGCAAACCUCUGGUUUCCAGUUUGGGACUGUGGCAAAUGUCUCUAAAGUUUUCCCAAGGAAACAAAACAAAGAAUCAACGGGUAGCGUAAAACUAAAUUCUUUAGCUUUUGGGGCGAGGGAUGUCCUUUCCUAAAUGUGAAGCAAAGGAUUCCUGUAAUGCUCUGGUCAGUCUCGGAUCCCAUGAGUCACGCUGAAGUGUUUCUCUUCUCUCCCUCCAUCUGGCCUCAGGAGGCUGUGUAGUCAGAGCUCAGCCUCUCCAGCUCCAGUGUUGGACAGCAGACUUCCGUGGUAGUGCACAUCACCACGAUCCCACUUCAUGUCUUCAUCCUGCAGUGUGGGAGGCUUUGCUCUCACAUUGACAUGGCUGCUUCUGACUGUUGGGCAUCGUUCUGCUCCCUAAGCCUGAGCAGUGCUGACUAGGGAACAGUGGUAAAGGAUGAAGUCGGGAGGAAGUGGAGUUUGGGAGCAGUGUAGCAGGGCUCUGUCGUUCCCUGAUAAAAAAGCAGGAUGUCCCCCUCAAAAUGCAAGACACUUGAGAUGUGUGUGGUGGCAUUUAAAUGUGUUUUUUAUCCAAGCAGCCAUAUCCUUGUUUUCUAAAGUACCCGAGCCCUGGGUUUCAAACCCCAAUGCAGAGGUUACUGCCAUGUUUGUUGGUGGAACUACUCAAAACUGGACCUGCUGUUUUUCUCUUUUUGAAACCCUUUGUGCUUUCUCUGUGUCGCUCACAGUUAUCUAUAGCUGAGAAGCUUUGCAUCCUUUCUUUUUGUCACAGAGCUACACAGUUUGUAACCAGCCUCUUGAAGGUUAACAUAAGGCAGCUAAUCAGUUGGACUGCUGGUGCACCUGCUACCAGGUGUUGAAUCCUGUCUGGAUUGUAGAGAGAGACACUACUAUGACCAGGAAGGACGUUGGGCUGAAUGGCCUAGGAAGCCUGGAGAUGCUGAUGAGCACAGUGUGGAGCCUAAAAUGUGGAAUGACUAUUAAUCUAACAGCCGAGUGAUUGUCUUGUGUGAUUCAUAGCCAUGGGUUUUAUUGAGGCUGGUAAAUUACUUUACCUUGGCUUAUAAAAAAUUAAGUUCUCUAAUAUUCUUUACUCUAAUGAAAUUACUGUUGCCGUUACAAUAAAGAUGAUCAGUGUUUCCAUUGUAAA